CUUCCAACGAAGAUCAUCAGUUCUUCCAUUCACUUUAAACAAAUAAACAUCACUAUGAAAUCGUUUGUGGUUUUAUCCGCCUUGGUAGCAGUCGUUUGCGCAGCCCCUCAAUACUCACAGUACCAACAGCAACAGUAUCAAGCAGAUGUCAUCCCCAUAAUAAAACAACAACAAGAAGUAAAUUUCGAUGGAUCCUACCAAUACAGUUAUGAAACUGGCAAUGGUAUUGCUGCACAAGAGCAAGGUUAUUUGAAGAACGCUGGUGUUAAGGACGCUGAAGCGCAGGUCGCCCAAGGAUCCUUUGCAUACACAUCACCCGAAGGCGUCCCCAUCUCUGUCUCUUACAUCGCUGAUGAGAACGGUUUCCGUGCGGAAGGUGCUCAUCUCCCCACCCCUCCUCCCGUUCCUGAGGCUAUCGCACGUGCUCUUCAGUACAUCGCCGCCGCAGGUCAGCAGCAGCAGCAGACCUACCCGAACCAACCUUUCCGCGGUUAA